CUUCCAACUAAAUGCAGUAUGAAUUGUGUUUGAUCUCCUCUAUUGUAAAACGCAAUUGAGUUGAAAAUCCCAGAGCUUAAUAACUGAUGAUUAACUUCAAUUACGUCUGACAGAUCGGUACAUCACUACACCUCUCUUCUCUGACCAUCACCCCUCAAUUGCAAAGGAUCCGACCCGGAUGCUGAUCAUCGCCUUUCUGGAUUUGAUCCCAUUCAUUGCUUCAAUUCCCGGUCGAAGCAAUCGCAAACCCUAUCUCUCUAUUGGCGCCAAUGCUCACAUCUGGAUUGCCUUCUCCUCUCUCUCUCUAAUUGCUUCUCAUUGACAUCUCUCAUUUUUUUCGGACGGUUCCAUAAUUCAUGAGAAUGAAUUUUGAUGCCGCAAAGAAGGAAUCGGUGAUCGCGAGCUCUUAAAAGGAUGUGGUUUUCCUUUUGGCGAUCCAGGGAUAGACUAUCGUUAGAUGAACUCAGAUUCAUAGUUGAUCAACUGACAAAAGUUCAAGUCGUGAAUGAAGUUAACAAAGAGUUUGUCGUUGAGGCUUUGAGAUCUAUUGCAGAGUUGAUAACAUAUGGUGACCAGCAUGAUGCUGCCUAUUUUGAGUUUUUCAUGGAGAAACAGGUCAUGGGAGAGUUUGUACGCAUAUUAAGAAUAUGUGAAUCUCUGAUUGUCUCACGCCAGCUUUUGCAGACAAUGAGCAUAAUGAUACAGAACCUGAAAAAUGAUCAUUCUAUAUACUAUAUGUUUAGAAAUGAACAUGUUAACUACCUCAUAGCAUACCCUUUUGACUUCAGAAAUGAAGAGUUGUUAUCUUAUUACAUAUCCUUCCUAAGAGCGAUAAGUGGGAAACUGAACAAGGAUACAAUUUCUCUCCUUGUUAAGACAAAAAUUGAUGAAGUAGUUGAUUUUCCCCUUUAUGUUGAGGCAAUACGGUUUGCUUUCCAUGAAGAAAGUAUGAUCCGAACUGCUGUUCGUGCUUUAACAUUGAACGUUUAUCACGUUGGGGAUGACACUGUAAAUAGGUUUGUAUCUAGGGCCCCACGUUCAGAUUAUUUCCUGCACUUGAUCGAAUUUUUCCGAGAUCGGUGUAUCCAUUUGAACUCAAUUGUUUCAAAUGCUAAAAAGAGCCAAAGCGCAGAACUUUCAUCCUCCAUUCUUUCUGCUGUUGACGAUAUUGAAGACAAUCUCUAUUACAUUAGUGAUGUUGUUUCUGCUGGAAUCCCUGAUGUUGGGAGGUUGAUAAUGGACAAAGUUCUGAGGCUUCUGAUAUUUCCGUUGGUUCUCCCAUCCCUUAGGACUGAAGCAGUCAAUGAACCAAGUCUUGGGGCUGUCACUUCUUUAUAUUUACUUUGUUGCAUUCUGCGCAUAGUCAAAAUCAAAGAUCUGGCAAAUAUUGUUGUUGCUGCUCUUCUAUGUCCUCCAGAGAUGAUUCCUGAGAGUUCUGCAGCUAAGAUCAAUGGUAAUAUGUUGAGCCAUGCUUCUUCGGAUGUAGCCAGCCAAAAUAAAGAUGCAAACAAUCAAAAUUCCAUUUCCGAUACCGAAAAUCAUAUACUGCACAGUGCCCUCAAUCAUAAGUAUGGUGGUAUGAGGUUUGCUCUGAGGGAAGCUUUGCUUUCAUUUGUUGUCAGUGGAGAUGAAGUUCAAGUCUCAGGCUCCUUAAAUGUUCUAGCAACAUUGUUGCAGACUAAAGAACUAGACGAGUCAAUGGUUGAUGCUCUUGGCAUACUUCCGCAACGCAAACAACAUAAAAAGAAACUGCUGCAAGCCUUGGUUGGGGAGGAUUCUGCAGAAGAGCAACUUUUCGAAGGUACUAAGGUCAAAGAUCGCAUCAGUGGUGAAUUUGAUAUCUAUCUGCAAAAGUUGAAGGAGUAUGUUGGAAUUUCAUGUGUACACCCAGAGGUUGGAGCGAGUCCCCGUCUGCAUAGAUUUCAAGUACUCGAUUCUUUGGUUAGUCUCUUCUGUAGAUCAAACAUCUCUGCAGAAACAUUGUGGCAUGGUGGUUGGCUUUUGCGGCAGUUGUUACCUUACAGCAAAGCGGAGUUCAACAGUCAUCAUCUUACUUUACUUACCGAUUCAUUUCACCAUUCCACUGCUCGUGUUCUAGAGGAGGCCAGAGGAGCUUGGUUUGAUCUGUUAUUGGCAGUUAUUUGUGAUCAGUGGAGAAAGUGCAAAAGAGCAAUUGAGGCAUCUUCUCUACGAAAAGAUCCAAAGUGUAUCCUAUUGCCGCCAUUCAAGUCUGCCUAUGACGAGCAUGCAUCAUCUGAAUCAUCAUUUGCUGCUGGAGAGAGAAUGUGUGAAGCAGUGAAGGUGUUUGCGCUGCUUCAUCAUCUCCACAUUUUCUCGCUUGGUAAAGUUUUGCCAGAUCAACCUCCUGUAUUCUCUGAUGUUGAUACUCCAGAGAAGUCCAGAGCAAGGAAUGCUGGUUUAAAUCUUCCAGAACUUAAACCGAAUGUUGAAAUCAAUCUUGUGGGUGCAAUCCCAUGUCGAAUUGCAUUUGAGAGGGGUAAAGAACGUCAUUUCCUCUUUCUAGCCCUCUCUAUGAGUAGCUGUGGUUGGCUUGUCCUUGCGGAGGAAUUACCAGUGAAACCAGGGCGAGGAUUGGUACGAGUUGUGGCACCAUUGGCUGGAUGCAAUCCAAGAGUAGACGAUAAACAUUUAAAGUGGCUGCACCUUCGAAUCCGUCCUUCCUCAUUCCCAUUUACAGACACUGCUAUGUAUGCUGGACAUGGCAAGGUAAAAUCUAAAGCUUUGGUUGACGGAAGGUGGACUCUGGCGUUCCAGGAUGAGGAAUCCUGCAAGAAUGCAAUGUCUAUGGUUGUAGAGGAAAUGGAGCUGCAAAGCUGCAUGGUGGAGAAAAGUCUAGAACCUUUACUAGAACUUGAUAGAAGUGCCGACGAUUCGAGACUGUCUGAGCGUGUGGAGGAGGAUAACAUAGUGUAACGGUGGACCCCAUGUUAUUUGCAGAUGUUUGAAUGCGCGGUUAGUUUUCCCGGAAGAUAACAAAGGUGAGGUUUCAAGCAGCCUCAUGUAUGUGAGUUGUGUUCCAAAAGAAUCGUCACUCGUCAGGUACAGAAUGUAUAAUAGAGCAUGUAGUAGUCAGUGCCAUUCUUUGUAUAUGAUUAUAUACUUAUGUAGUAGAUUACAUAUAUAUACGCUCUGUCUUUUGUAUGUGAGAUUCUUCGACCAAUAUCAUCUCCGGCAGCCAGUUAUGAGCUUUUGUAACAGUACAUAGUUUUUCAAGAGCUAAUGAUACAGAAAGUUCAUUCU